UGAUUAAACAAUUGGUACAGUUCGAAUCGCGGAUCUAACUCAUUGAAAACUAACCGCCGCGCCGCCAGCAAAAUGAAUCGAAUUGCGAUGGUUGUUGCUCUUGGGUUGGCCAUUGUGGCCGCCGUAAGUGGUGAGCCACCGGUCCGAUAUCAAAAGUUUGCCCGAAGAUUCGGCCGACUACAGCAGGCACCCUCAUUCGGUCGACAAACCGCAGGAUAUCAGUAUCCUAAACCGGACCAACCAUUCCCGCUGCCGGAGGAAGAAACUCCAUCAACGACGACGGUUGUUCCGGAAACGACCGCAACACCGACCACCACCGAAUUGCCAACGACAACGGCCGCUGCUACAGAUGAUUAUGAUGACGGAACCACCGUUGACCCGGAGGCUGAAACCGUCGAGGCAGAAGCUCGUGCCAUCGCAGCCCGUCUCCGUGCAGCCCGGCGUCGUCAAUCGGCCCGACUCGAGCAGCUCAAUCCCCUGCAACAGGAACAACUGGAACAGGACCAACAGCAGCAGCAGCAGCAACAACAACCGGACCAGGAACAGCUACAGCGCCCGGUGUAUCUGGUUAACAUUCCGGAGUCCACUCUGCAACGGUUAGUGCUGCUGAACCAGAACCAGUACCAGUACCAGACUGCGGCUCAACUUCAGGUUGCGGCACCCAUCGUUCAGGCCGCGGCUGCUGCUGUUCCAGCUCUCGAGGCUCAACCGGCUGCUGCUGCUGCAUUGCCCAUCGUUGGACCACAGGUGUACAUUACCGACUACGGACUGAUCUACGCCAAAAAGUAAAUUUAUGGCCCCCCUUCGCUUCUAAUUCUAUACGGAACCAAGCCACCGACCGGUUGUCGUUUGGGAGGAGUUUAGUAAGAUGCAAAUGGGGUCUAAUGCUGAGAUAUAAAUACCUACCU